AUGUCUGCUGAAGAAGAUCUGAUCGACUACUCCGACGAGGAGCUGGCAACCAACGAGACCACCACCGCCACCAACGGCAAAAAGACCGACGCUGCUGCUUCGGCCAAUAAUAUUGAUAAGAAGGGAUCCUAUGUCGGUAUCCAUGCUACCGGUUUCCGUGAUUUUCUGCUGAAGCCUGAGCUUCUUCGCGCCAUCGCCGAUUGCGGUUUCGAACAUCCAUCGGAGGUCCAGCAAACAUGCAUUCCCCAGGCUCUCCUCGGAGGUGAUAUUAUCUGCCAGGCAAAGUCGGGUCUCGGUAAGACGGCCGUGUUCGUCCUCACUACCCUUCAACAGGUUGAGCCUGUUGCUGGCGAGUGCUCCGUCUUGGUCAUGUGCCACACUCGUGAGCUGGCCUUCCAGAUUCGAAAUGAGUACAACCGUUUCAGCAAGUACAUGCCAGACAUCAAGACUGGUGUUUUCUACGGCGGCACGCCUAUCCAGAAGGACGCCGAAAUACUCAAGAACAAGGAAACCCAUCCUCAUAUCAUUGUCGGCACUCCGGGUCGUCUUAAUGCCCUCGUCCGAGACAAGUAUCUCCGCUUGACCAGCGUUCGAAUCUUCGUCCUCGAUGAAUGUGAUAAGAUGCUUGACGCUAUUGAUAUGCGACGAGAUGUACAGGAUAUCUUUCGAGCAACUCCGCAGCAGAAGCAGGUCAUGAUGUUCUCUGCCACACUGUCCGACGAAGUGAAGCCGAUCUGCAAGAAGUUUAUGCAAAACCCUACCGAGCACUACGUGGAUGAAGACACCAAAUUGACUCUUCACGGCCUGCAGCAGUAUUACAUCAAACUUGAUGAACGAGAGAAGAAUCGUAAACUUAAUGAGCUUCUUGAUGAGUUGCAAUUCAACCAAGUCAUCAUCUUUGUCAAGAGCACUAUCCGUGCCACUGAGUUAGACAAGUUGCUCCGCGAAUGUAACUUCCCGUCUAUCUCGGUGCACUCCGGAGUCAGUCAGGAAGAACGUAUCAAACGCUACAAGGAGUUCAAGGAGUUCAACAAACGCAUCUGUGUUGCUACUGAUGUGUUCGGUCGAGGUAUUGACAUUGAGCGUAUCAACUUGGCUAUCAACUACGAUUUACCCGCCGACGCCGAUUCCUACCUCCACCGUGUUGGUCGUGCUGGCCGUUUCGGUACCAAGGGUCUUGCCAUCUCAUUCGUGAGCACCGAUGCAGACCAAGAAGUCCUUAAGGCAAUUGAGAAGCGAUUCGAGGUCGCCCUUCCUGAAUUCCCCAAGGAUGGUAUUGAUGCUAGCACCUACAUGGCAUCUUAA